GAAUCUGUUGUGGAGGAAGAUGUCAAGCCUGUACCAUUUACCAGAAUUUUGAAAUACAAUGCCUCGGAAUGGCCAUACAUGGUGCUUGGAUCUCUGGCAGCAGCUGUGAAUGGAGCAGUCAGUCCACUCUAUGCUUUGUUAUUCAGUCAGAUUCUUGGGACUUUCUCCAUUCUUGAUGAAGAAGAACAAAGAAUCCAGAUCAAUGGUGUCUGCCUGCUCUUUGUCUUUGUUGGAAUUCUUUCAUUUUUCACACAGUUUCUACAGGGAUACACCUUUGCCAAGUCUGGUGAGCUGCUUACAAGACGGUUAAGGAAAAUUGGUUUCCAGGCUAUGCUAGGGCAAGACAUUGGUUGGUUUGAUGACCGGAAGAACAGCCCCGGUGCUUUGACUACAAGACUUGCAACAGAUGCCUCACAGGUCCAAGGGGCAACUGGAUCGCAGAUAGGAAUGAUUGUCAAUGCAUUUACCAACAUUGGGGUGGCCAUGAUCAUUGCUUUCUACUUCAGCUGGAAACUGAGUUUAGUUAUACUGUGUUUCCUGCCAUUUUUGGCCUUAUCUGGAGCUGUGCAGGCUAAAAUGCUGACAGGAUUUGCCUCUCAGGACAAGAAAGCGCUGGAAGCUACUGGACAGAUCUCCAGUGAAGCCCUCUCCAACAUCAGGACUGUUGCUGGGAUAGGGAAGUUUAUCAACAAAUUUGAGAAGCACCUGGAUAUGCCCCACAGAGCUGCAAUCAAAAAAGCACACGUUUACGGCGCCUGCUUUGGCUUUGCCCAGAGCAUAGUGUUCAUUGCCAAUGCUGUCUCUUACAGAUACGGUGGCUUUCUCGUUGACACGGAAGGCCUCCAUUACAGCUCUGUCUUCAGGGUGAUCUCUGCUAUUGUGACCAGUGGCACUGCUUUGGGAAGAGCUUCUUCCUACACCCCAAACUAUGCCAAAGCCAAAACAUCUGCUGCACGCUUUUUUCAACUGGUCGAUCAGCUUCCUAAAAUCAGUGUUUACAGUGAAAACGGGGAAAAAUGGGAUGAUUUCAAGGGAAGCAUUGAAUUUCUUAACUGUAAAUUCACAUACCCUUCUCGGCCUGACAUUCAGGUCCUGAAAGGGCUCUCUGUAGCUGUUAAGCCUGGACAGACUUUGGCAUUUGUUGGAAGUAGCGGCUGUGGUAAGAGCACCAGUGUCCAGCUUCUGGAGCGUUUCUAUGACCCUGAGGAAGGCAGUGUGUUAAUAGAUGGACACGACACCAAGAAAAUAAAUGUACAGUUUCUUAGAUCAAAAAUUGGAAUAGUGUCCCAGGAGCCUGUGCUAUUUGACUGCAGCAUUGCUGAUAAUAUCAAAUAUGGCAGUAACACCAAAGAGGCGACGCUGGAAAAAGUCAUAGAAGCGGCCCAGAAGGCUCAGCUGCAUGAUUUUGUCAUGUCCCUGCCUGAUAAAUAUGAAACUAAUGUUGGGGCUCAAGGAUCCCAGCUGUCUCGUGGGCAAAAACAACGCAUUGCCAUAGCGAGGGCCAUCAUCCGAGAUCCUAAAAUUUUAUUACUGGAUGAAGCUACAUCUGCCUUAGACACAGAAAGUGAAAAGACUGUGCAGGCAGCGCUGGAUAAGGCCAGAGAAGGGCGUACCUGCAUUGUCAUUGCCCACCGCUUGUCCACGAUCCAGAACGCUGACAUCAUCGCCGUGAUGUCGCAAGGACUCAUCAUUGAAAGGGGCACUCAUGACGAACUCAUGGCCAUGGAAGGAGCUUAUUACAAGCUUGUUACCACUGGAGCCCCAAUUAGCUGA